CGCAGUGGUCGCGCGUAAUAAAAAUAUUAGGAGAUCGUCCAAAAGAAAAAUGUAAAUUGAAUAAACAACAUGAUUUUGGACAUUUCUUCAAAGUAACCCGUAAUGUUUUUGGUCACGUAACCAUUUAGAUUCCAAUUCGGCGCGGUGAAUCUUAAAAUGGGUGACGUUCUGAGUUUAUUUUCUGUGAUAAUAAUGAAAUUUAAAGCCAAGUUCAAUGAAAGCAAGAUUUAUUUUCAUUGGGAUAUUCCAUGGGAGAAAAUGAAGAAAGUAAAAUGGAUGAACGAGCGAGCAUCGCCGGAUAGAGCUUACGUUCCAACGCUGGUAGAGAACGUAGCGAACGUAUGGACGCACGCGAUAUGCGUGGCGCCCGCAUCCCUUGGCGCGCGCGAGCUCCUCACACGGUCGCUCAACGCGCCACAGGCUAUCGCAGCCGUGGUUUACGGACUGGCUCUGUGUCUGCUCUUCGCGGUGUCAACUACCUUCCACUCCGUCUGCUGCUGCAGAUCUGAUACCAAAAUGAAGCACUGGCUCCACCGCUGCGACCGCGCCAUGAUCUACAUCUUCAUCGCCAGUUCCUACUUCCCCUGGCUGACCGUCGGCACCCUCUCCUGCUGGAUGCUGCGUGAGCUACGCUGGGCCAUCUGGUUGCUGGCUGUUCUCGGCAUCACGUACCAGCAGAUCUUCCAUGAGCGCUACAAGAUGUUGGAGUUAUUGUUGUACCUAGUCAUGGGACUGGGACCAGCUGCCAUCAUAGUCACGUCUAAUCACCACUUCCCAGCAAUGUCGGACCUAAAGCUGGGCGGCAUGCUGUACCUCAUCGGCGUCUUCUUCUUCAAGUCAGACGGCCGGAUCCCCUUCGCGCACGCCAUCUGGCAUAUCUUCGUCGCGCUGGCAGCCACGGUACAUUACUUGGCGAUACUGCGCCAUCUCUUCCCUGAACUUAAACAAUGAAGACUGCCCUAACCUAUUGAUUACCCGACCUAUUGAAUCUCGAAACGGCUCUCUUUAGGCUAUGUUUUUAUGAACGCCAAUCGACGAGGUUCAGUCAGUUCAGUGAGGGCUCAAGGAGCAUUUCACGAAUUCGUUCCGUAAGAACUCGAACUUUCUUACAUCUUGUACAUUUUCGGCGCUCCUUGCCAGGGUACAUUUCCUGGCGGUCCUACGCCAUCUCUUCCCUGAACUUAAACAAUGAAGACUGCCCUAACCUAUAGAUUAACCUACCAAUUGAAUCUCAAAACAACUCUCUUUAUAGGCUAUGUUUGUAUGAACGCCAAUCGACGAGGUUCAGUCAACAAAUAGUGACGGCCAUAAGAGGAUCGUCAUGUUAUCCCGUACAAACGCCAAUUUUCUGGCGUGUUCUUGCAACACAUUCAUUGCCACCUAGCCAAACGAGACCCCCGGGUCAUAAAAUGGUUGUCAUAUUAUUCUGUAAUACCUUAUCAUGCGCCCCUGGGUUUUCGGCACAGAAUGUGUUAGUCCGAUUGCGGGAUCCCUUCGCGCCUCGGUACAGUGAGCUGCAAAAAUGUAUGGCGAAUUUAUCAAUUAAUUAAUUCAUAAUUUCUCCGCUCACUGUUCGUA